ACGUAGCUCUGUAGCGCGGGGAAUUUCGAGUGGCAGUGGAGCGUGGGAGACCAGUCGGACCCUCCACCCUCUUUAGGGGAGGCCAUGGACUCCCUAGUCGAGCCCCGGUGGCCUCCGGGCCUGGCAGUCAUGAAGGGCUUGGUGACUGAAGAUCUCCCCAUGGAAGAGCGGACAUUGUGGAAGGAUCUGGGAAAGCCGUGGUUUUGCAGUUGUGGUGGCUUUGGCUCCAGUGUGCAAUGGAGAAGAGCAUCGAUUUGAGUUCCAAUGGUUCUGGGUUAAAUUUAGUCUCUGCCUUCUAUUUAACUGUGUGACCUUGAUUCAGUUACUUAACCUCUCUGAGCCUGAGUUGCCUCAACUAUAAACUGGAGACAGAAAUAGUUUAUAAGAUGGAUGCACACCUAUCUGACUUUGCAGAUUGCCUGCCUCUUCCCCUCCUUCUGCUGUCACUGGCGCCAGCUCUUUCCAGGGCUUCCUCAUCUGGCUCCACCGUGUAGUACCGUACAGUACUGAGCAGAAAGCACUGGACUGACGGCCAGUAGACCGGAAGUUUUGUCCUGGCUUGCCUCAUGUGCUGUGAGCCUGCUCUGGAUACAAGUUUACUCAUUUGUGAAACAAUAGAUGAUUUGCUGCGCUGUGGAAUUUGCUUUGAAUAUUUCAACAUUGCGAUGAUGAUUCCUCAGUGUUCACAUAACUACUGUUCUCUUUGUAUAAGAAAAUUUCUGUCCUAUAAAACACAGUGUCCAACUUGCUGUGUGACAGUCACAGAGCCGGACCUGAAAAAUAACCGCGUAUUAGAUGAACUGGUAAAAAGCUUGAAUUUUGCACGGAAUCAUCUGUUGCAGUUUGCCUUAGAGUCACCACCCAUCUCUUCUUCCUCCUCAUCAAAGAACCUUGCUGCCAAAGUGCACACUUCUGUAGCCUUCAGACAUUCAUUAAAGCAAGGAAGCAGGCUAAUGGAGAACUUCUUGAUUAGAGAAGCUGGUGGUUCUGUGUCAGAGUUGUUGAUAAAAGAGAAUGAAAGCGAAUUCAGCCCUCAGAAAGAGCUGAGUUCUUCUGCAAAGACCAGAGGGACACCUUUCGUAGAAAAAUCAGCUCCAGGUUUCUCAGAGGCUGGUGUUCCUGAGACACCCUCUACAUCGGCCUUGAAACAAGUUACUAAAGUGGAUUGUCCUGUUUGUGGUGUUCAUAUUCCAGAAAAUCACAUUAAUAAACAUUUAGACAGCUGUUUAUCACGUGAAGAGAAGAUAGAAAGCCUCAGAAGCUCUGUUCACAAGAGGAAGCCGCUGCCCAAAACUGUAUAUAACUUGCUCUCAGAUAGAGAUUUAAAGAAAAAGCUAAAACAGCAUGGCUUAUCUGUUCGAGGAAAUAAACAACAGCUCAUUAAAAGGCACCAAGAAUUCGUACACAUGUACAAUGCCCAGUGUGAUGCUCUGCAUCCUAAAUCAGCUGCUGAAAUAGUUCAAGAAAUUGAAAAUAUGGAGAAGACUAGGAUGCGUCUUGAAGCUAGUAAACUCAACGAAAGCAUAAUGGUUUUUACAAAGGACCAAACAGAAGAGGAAAUAGAUGAAAUUCACAGUAAAUAUCGUAUAAAACAUCAGAAUGAAUUUCAGCGUCUGGUGGAUCAAGCCAAAAAAGGGUAUAAGAAAACUGUUGGAAUGUCAAAAAAAAAAGUAACAGAAGAAGAUGAAUCUACAGAAAAGCUAUUAUCUGUAUGCGGGGGACAGGAAGAUAAUAAAAUGAAAUUCUCAGAUAUGCCCUCAGUAACAAACCACUUCCCUCAGUCAAAGCUGGACUCCCCAGGGAAACUAGAGCCUGACAGACCAGAUGAUUCUUCCAGUUGUACUGAUAUUCAAGAGGUAGCUCUUUCUUCACCAGAGUCAGAUUCAUGCAAUAGGGUUCUUGGAAAACAGCUUCAGGUUAUUGAGAAUCAAGUAUUAGGAAGGGAAAAUCUUCUCAUUUUGCCCCGAACAUUUUCAAGAUCAGAAACGGUUUAUCCCGAGUUGGGUAAAGGCAGAACAUACGGUAGCCUGAGUUUCUGCAAGGCUGUGGCUCUGCUGCACAGUUACUCUGGAUCAGGCCAUUCCUGUAAGUUCAUUGGGUAGUGUUUGUUUUUAAACACAAAACUUAACGGAGUACAGGGUAGAAACGGAGGAGAAACAGA